GAUUCUUAUGAUGUCGCAUAAACGAGCACCAGGAGAUUGCAACCGAACUCUCAACUCGCAGUCGAUGAUGUAUAGGAACCUAAAUGAGGAGGUGUUUUUUUUUCAGUCGGAACGUUUGACAUGACGGACUUAGACGAAAACACACCUUAUCGUAAAACCAAAAACGACCAAGAAGUUUUCGAUCAUGGCAGGCCUGACGGCCAUAGAGCGUGAUGGUUUUAUACAGAUUUUAGGUUUUCUGUCGGAGGCUGAUUUGCGGGGUCUUUGCGACACGGUAACCAACAGAAUGAUCGCGGUUGCAAACGCUAAAGAGGCAAGGGAGGCUAUAUUGGCGUACAGUCAGGAUGCCGAGGAGUUGCUAAAGCGUAAGAAGGUGCACCGAGACGUCAUUUUCAAGUACCUGGCGGCCCAGAAUGUUGUCGUGCCACCCACUUCUGAGAAGAGUCAGCUAGUGAAGGCCACCCUUCAGCUGUGGCGCUCCGGGAAGGCGUCAAGGCCGGCCAUAGAGGAAAAGGAGGACAAUUCAAAUGUGAAUGUAUCUGAUUACUUGACUCUGGGGAAGGCGUUUUGUCAGUGGUUUUUCCAAGCUCUGAACUCUCAGAACCCUGCUAAAGAUCAGCCCCCUGAGCCCUGGGGUCCACAGCACUUCUGGGAGAAUGCAUGUCUGAAACUCCAGUCCACCAUGCAAGCAGAGCAGCUGGAUGAGUUCCAAGGGGCAGAACUGGUCAGCCUUCGUCUCCUGGCCAUGGCUAGAGAGGAAAGACUUCUCUUUAACCCUAACCUUGAGCCUCAUGGCCUGAAAUGUGUGGCCUCACCACAUGGACUGGUGGUAGUGGCUGUGGCUGGGACCAUUCAUAAGGAAUGUUUCUUUAUGGGCAUUUUUGAGCAGGUCUUUGGGCUCAUACGUUCCCCAUUUGACAAUAAGAACUGGAAGAUUAAAUCACUCCAUUUAAAAAUAAGACACUGUGACACACUCCGAGGAGAAAAUUUGUCAUCACCAGCUUUAACAUGCAACUCCAGUCAAUUACAACUCUAUGGUGAGUGAGGAUUGUAUUGUCACACCAUGAGCUCUGUCUUCAUUUUCAGUGAAACAAAGCUGAAACUUUUAGUUCUAUUUGGUAUCUUUCUUAAUGGUUUUACUCAUUUUAUUAUAAUAGUGCCAAGACUUUAAUUUAGGGUUUGAUAAGUUGUUCUCUAAAUUUUGGUUAAGUCGGCAUGUGAAUGUGAUAAAACAAAGGCCACGCCCCCUUAGUCAUACUUUACUUAUUUUCUCGUUACCUUUUAUUAUUCAUGGCCCAUGAUAUAAGUUUAAACUCUUUUGAUCUAAAAAUCAACGAGACAUUUCAUAACUCAUGUUUAUAAUUUACUUAGAUUAAAAAUUUAAACUACUGAAAUCUGAGGUAUUUAUAUAUGUUAUGGAGUUGGAUCAUUGUCAAUAUGUCAAUGGCUAGUAUUGCAGGGUUUCGGAAGAUGUGUGUGUUUGUAUCUCCAAAUGUAUGGUUUGUGUAUUAUUUUAUGAGUAAUGUAAAUGGACCAUUUAUCAAAAAGUUUACUUUUCUUAAAAAAGAAUCUCUGUGGGUUAAAAACCAGUUAUUGGUUAAAUGCCUGGCUUGACCCUUCUUGUAAAUAACAUUGUUUUUUUUCGCCUUUAUCAGUUUGAAAUAAACAUUGACUGCAUAACUCUG